AUGGUGGCGGGAAAAGGGGCAUCCGAUCUGCGCAAUGCAAUGUUUGCAGCAAGACGCGCACUAAGCAGCAGAGGCACUGGCGCUGGUCGAGUCUCGAGUCAACUCUACUCAACAACCUCCCCAUCACAACCACCCACCACAAUCUCCAACCCGCGAUGGCUCUCCGAAGUGAAACACCGCAUAGGCCACUGCAUCACCUUCGGCCUCACCCGGUCCCAAACCCUCGAAGCCUCCCACAUCCUCAAAGACCUCGGCACCUCCUGGCGCGAACUCCUCGCAGGCAGCGAAGGCUUCCUUACUGGGAAGCAUCGACGUAGUAUGUUUCGGUUACCUGUAGUAUGGGGAGAGCAGGAUUCGAUGGGUCAUGUCAACAAUGUUGUCUAUAAUCGCUAUGCGGAGACGGGAAGGAUUGGGUGGGCGAGUAAGUAUGGACGGUAUAUUGAUCCUGAACAUGCGGAGGAGUGGAAUGGACUGUGGACGCCGAGGGGGGAGGGGUUGAUUUUGAGGAAGAUUACGACCGAGUUUAAAUUUCCCAUGACAUACCCGGACCACGUCACGAUAUACCACAAGCUAGGCACAGAGCCGACGGAGGGGACAGACACGUUUGAUUUGCAUGUCAUUAUCCUCAGCGAGCUGCAUCAGCGACCUGCUGCACGCGUGCAAGAGGAUUGCGUGCUGUAUGAUUAUAUCAAGAGGAAGAAGACACCCAUACGGCCUUUCAUGUUUGAUGUGCUGCGGGAGACGUGGAGGCUGCAAGAGGUUGCGAAGCGGGAGAAUAGCCAGCGAGUGUCCGACUUGCUAGACCGGGUUCGACAGCUAGAGCUGCAGUCAUGGGACAGAGCAGAUGCAGUCGAGGACAUGGGGAGUGCUGGCCGCUGA